AACGCCUCGUCCAUCCUGCACCUCCUCCGCGCGCACCCGUCUCCGCUCACGCCCGCCGAGCUGUCUCCACUCUACAUCACCUCCGCGGACUUCCACGCCGCAUUGAAGCAGGUGCAGCGCUCUGCGAAGCGCGAGGGCUUUACCUCUGUGCCCGACGUUACUUGGGCGGACGUAGGUGCGCUGCAUGCGACGCGCGAGGAGCUGCACAUGGCGUUUGUGCAGCCGAUCAGGAGGCCGGAGCUGUUCAAUGGUGUCCGCGUGGGGCGGGCCGCCCGUCCUUGGUUGUACGGCGUGCUCAUGUGGGGCCCGCCGGGUUGCGGCAAGACACUCCUGGCGAAGGCGGUCGCAAACCUGAGCAGGGCGAACUUCAUCAGCGUGAAGGGGCCGGAGCUGCUGAACAAGUACGUCGGCGAGAGCGAGCGCGCCGUACGCCAGGUCUUCUCGCGCGCACGCGCCUCUGCGCCAUGCGUGAUCUUAUUCGACGAGCUCGACGCGCUGGUGCCGCGGCGGGACGAGGCGCUGUCCGAGUCGUCCGCGCGCGUCGUGAACACGCUCCUCACCGAGCUCGACGGCCUCGACGCGCGCCGCGCGGUGUACGUCAUCGCCGCGACGAACCGCCCCGCCUUGAUCGGCCACGCGAUGUGCCGCCCCGGCCGCCUGGACAAGCUCCUGUACGUCGACCUGCCGAGCGCAGAGGAGCGCACGGAGAUCGGCCGCACGCUCAUGAGACGAGAACCACGAAAACGCCGCAAGCCCAGGGAAGGACAAGAAGGCGUCCUGCAAAGGCCCGAAGGUCGACCGCGGACAGGUCCUGCUCAAGCGCCUCGACGCCAUCAUCGCCCAGGAGCCUACCUUCCUCGUCCCCGACGACUCCAUGCCGUUCCCGCUCGUCACCGCGGACGCCCCGCUCCGAGGGAGGGUGAUGAAGCUGCUCGAAGACAUCAUAGCGCAGGGACCCCCGUCGCUCGGCCCAGCCUCUGA